AUACUAAGCGCACAGAUGGCGGCACUGCAACUGAUGUGUCGCACAGCCUGUUGGUUACCUGUCAGCCAAUAUCAUUGGAACUUACAGCACCAAGUAUAGAUGGUCAAAGGGCAAGAUUCAGCGCAAGAUCUGGCAGUAAGAGAAAAACGACGCGUUGGAAAAACAGCAGUGGCAACAGCAACUUGCAGUAUCAGAUGUGGGCCAAUCGAGCUCGUCGACAAAAUCAUCGAGAAUGAGCUUUUGCCACAGCCUGCUGCAGUGCACCAACAAGACAUGCCUGCAUACCUGGAAUGCCAGUCGAUGCUAUGUCAAUUGACCACAAUAGCAACGAGAAAAAUCCAAGUGGUGUCACGGUCAAGCAGUGCAUCGGCGAAUUGGAGAAUGGUGACGCGUACUACGCCGCAGCAACGCUUUCCAAGCCCAGCCAAAUCCUAUUCAACAAAAAAUGGAGAGUGCAGAAUCAAAAACUUAUAAAGACCCCAGCGACAGCCAUUUCUGCGACAUAGCCUGAACACAAUUAUCCAUUCAAGCU